AUGGAGAAGGAGGCGAGGAACCACUACCACACGCGGGGCUCCUCGCGCGGCGGCGGCGGGGGCACCGCUGCGGAGCGCGACCUGCUGUUACAGUGGGGCAACCGGAAGCGCCUUCGCUGCGUCAAGGUGCAGCGCCGCGACGUCGAGGCCGCCGCCACCGCGGCCGCCGAGAAGGCCCAGCGCCGCGCCGCGGCCGCAGCUGCCGCAGCCGCCCAACACCACCCAACCGGUCACACCCACCACCGCGUUCUCAGGAACUCAGAAGAGUUUGCAAUGAUGAAAUCGCCAGCACGGCAACAACAGAACAACAGGAUCCACACGGUUGCUUCACCAGACAGGGAGUGCCCUGGUAGAGGUAACAACAACAACAAUGGAGUUCCACAGACCUAUCCAGAUGACAAGAAAGGCUCUUCGUCAGGGAGUGAGGGGUCCAUCUGGCCGAAGUUUGCAAUCACCCUAUCAAACAGGGAAAAGGAAGAGGAUUUCCUGGUGUUCAAAGGAUCCAAGCUGCCUCAAAGACCCAAAAAAAGAGCCAAGGUCAUCCAGAGAACUGUCAAUUUUGUAUGCCCAGGAACGUGGCUAUGUGACUUGACUCUUGAAAGAUAUGAAGUCCGAGAGAAGAAGGUUUCCAAGAAGCGCCCCAGGGGAUUGAAAGCUAUGCACGACAUGGAUAGUGACUCGGAAUAA